CGGGCCAAUGGGCGGCGCGGAGCGGGCUCAGCAUGGCGGCCGCGGCGCUGCGCGGGGCCCGGGGCUUGGCCCGCGGCUGGGGGCCGGGGGCCCGCUGGGGACAGAGAUGCUACGUGGCCGCCGGGGGGCAGGACGGGGAGGUGCAGAAGGCUCAGCGGGCAGCUGAGGCCAGAGAGGAACCAGGUCAGCAGCCCCCGACCAUCUUCAGCAAGAUCAUCGACCGCACCAUCCGGGCCGACAUCCUCUACGAAGACGACAAGUGCCUCGCCUUCCGGGAUGUGGCCCCGCAGGCCCCCGUGCAUUUCCUGGUGAUCCCCAAGCGCCCCAUCCCGAGGCUGAGCCACGUGACAGCGGGGGACACAGAGCUCCUGGGGCACCUGCUGGUGGUGGCCAGUCAGACGGCGAAGGUGGAGGGGCUGGAGGAUGGCUACCGAGUGGUGAUCAACGACGGGAAGCAGGGGGCUCAGUCCGUCUACCACCUGCACUUGCACGUGCUGGGCGGGCGUCAGAUGGGCUGGCCCCCGGGCUGAGCUGAAGCUGGAGUGGCGGGAGCAGUGGACGCGGCGCCAGCCCUGCUGGGCAAACCCGCUCCUCAAUUAAAGCACUGUGAGAGGG